UUGAUCGUAAUGAUAAAUAAAUGAUAGUUCAUGAAUGUACUUAUUUAAAUUCGUGUCUUCAGAAUAAAGUUAAAUUAUCGCUCCUAGUUUAUCAAAAAUUUAGGAACAAAAAAUAAAAUGAGCAAACACCAAAACGAGGAAGCUUCGCGUAAAACACUGGAGCUAAAUUUCGAGAUAAAUUUGUUUAACGACCGCUUGAAGACACACAUGAAUUAUAGAACGGUUGACUUGGAGCUGUUAGAAAAACUCCAAGAAACAACAUCGUUAAUAUCGAAAUUGCUGUCAGGUUGUAUUUUAAUUGAUACUGACAAAAAUGAAGCCUUCAUCAACUCUGAAGUACUUCAAAUGCAUCGACAAGUUUAUUGUCGUAUAUGUAAUUUGGCAAUUAAAACAGAUGUUUUAAGAGUCCAAGAGCAUUUAAGUAGUGAGCAACAUCAGCGAAUUGUAUUAAAAAAAGACCAGAAAAAGAAAAAGAUAUUUGGAAAUACCAACAGCAUUACCUCAAAUAAAAAUGAAGAAUUGAAUAUGACAUUCGUCCAACAACCAGCGGAACAUAAGACUCAUGAGCCUCAAAUAAAACUUAGCAAGAAAGUUCAAGUUUUUUUACGCGAUCAUCAUUUAGAAAAACUUGCAACCAAAUUGACUGAAGAAGCUGAGAAAAUUAAGAUGGGUACAAAACAUUUUAUUAUAUUGGAAUCCAUUGAGAAGGCUCUCGUAUCAAAAUAUCCAAACAUCAAAGUAUAUCCAUUUGGUUCACGCAUUUCUGGUUUAGGUAGUGAAACAAGUGAUUUAGAUUUAUUUAUAGAUUUAGAUAAUCAUUAUUUUAAAACUGGCAAAAAUAUAUCUAUGGUUGAAUUUAAGUACAUUGAGACAGAGUUGCGAAAAACUGAACAAUGGUGUGAUUUCUUUCCGAUCACCGCAGCUAGAACACCAAUAUUGCAAGCAGUCUUUAAACCUGAAAAUUUACCUUGUGAUCUAUCAUUUACCAAUGGUUUAUCACAUUGUAAUACCAAACUAAUAAGCUUCUUCAUUGAUAUUCAACCUUUAUUCGCUAAAAUAGCUAUUAUAGUCAAAAAGUGGGCACAAAUAGCUGAUAUGAAAAUGAACAGUUAUGCACUAACACUGCUCGUUGUAUUUUACUUUCAACAAGUUAAGUUACUUCCAGCUGUUUGUGAAAUGCAAAAAGAGGAAUUCGGAAAAUCAAUUUCUGUUGGACAUUGGAAAGGACAUAUAGGAAUCAAUGCAUGGAAAGAAACAUCUCAGCAAAACGAUUUUCGAUAUCACUUGAUUGACUUUUUCUACUAUUAUGGAAACAAUUUUGAUUUUCAAAGCUCCAUUGUUUGUCCUUAUCUUGGUGAAUCAAUUAAAAAAAAGGCUUUUCAGUAUGGUAAAGAGACGCUACCUGGUGAAUUUCACACAUAUCAAUCAUACAUGAAGAAUAUUAAUUUACUUAAAGCUGAAAAUCUUACGGAUUUGUUUGCUUUUGACAAAGCAAUGGUUAUUCAAGAUCCAUUUGAAUUGAUUCACAAUGUUGCGAAGGGUGUUAAAUCAACAUCAUGUGAUAGAUUCAUAAGCUACUGUAGACUUACGUCGGAGUUUUUAAAAUCUAAGCGUGUACUCUAAACACUUUUAUUUUAUUGAACUAACUUUUUUUUACUGUUAUAUAUUGUAUCAUUAUUUUAAGAAAAUAAAUACAACAAAAUAUAUUUUAAUUUCUUUGUGAUAUUCCAGUUUUGGUUUUUUGAUUCAAAAAUCUAUAUAAAUAUGAAAUGCGUUUCUCCAUAUCUCGCCACUUGGUAGGUCGCACAUACGGGUACAUUGUAUGUUUCAUUAUUCUUUGCUUACGUAAAAGAACUUGAUAUUCGUUACCCUUCACACCUCUGAUCCAAGAUGGCAAUGAAUAUAACACUUUUGUGGGGUUUAAUCCUAUAUUUCCCAAAAUGUCAAUAUAGUCAUUUUGCCCCAUUAGUGCUCUUUUUUCACACCAUGCAUUUUU